AUGCCUUCUAAAGUUCUUCUUCAAUUCCUUGUUUUCAUCUCAGCGCUGUGCGUUUCCCCUCUCGAGGCCAAGUCGCAUACUUUCCACAAUCGCUAUCAUCAAGACCUCAAUUUGCGUCAAGAAAAUGGGACCACUGAACAAAAACCACAAGUUCCAGAGUUCGAUAGACCGUUCCCAACGCACAAUGCAUCGAUAACCGUCAUGGCCAGUGGCAGUAUCACCAACACGCGUCUCACUACGCCUACUACAACCCCAACUUCCAAAAGCUUAUCUAAGUUCUCCAUUUGUGCAAUAUCAGAUGUUGACAAGAGCAAGGACAGUCUUUGUAUUAACACGGUGCCUUUCACGUCAACGCCUACUUGCUCUACAGUUCUCACCGGCUUCUUCACCAAAAUUACCGUGACGGACUGCUCUCAAAGUGUUACCUUUUCCAAGAUGGAGUCGUACGCUGUAGCUACUGCUACGAGUUCAGCUUCUACCUCCUCCCGUCUUUCUCUUCGUGCACGCCAGCAAAGGUCUACCUUAUCAAUGGUCGCGCCUACUGGAACACCCACGGAAACAUCUAAACCAAAGCUGUAUCUUCAAAAGAAGGUGACUUACUAUAUCAGUCCUUGGCAAGCUGUUGCUGCAAACGAACCAAAAGAUGUAACGGUUGUAACGUGUACAUAUGAUGAGAACAAUCUCAGCAAAUGUCGUUCAUUCGAUCAAGUUUGGGUCACGUACAUCAAAUACGUUCCAGUUACCAAGACGAGCACAAUUUCUGUCCAAACUUCGUUCUCAGAACCUGCCGAACUUGCCAUAAACCCAACACUUACCAUCCCUGUUCCGGCUGGACCAUUUGAUCUCUCAACUGAACUGGAAUACACCACUUCUGAACCGGUGGUCACAUACUCAGUUAAACCAAGGAACAGUACCACGACCAUUAACCUUAGACUAACUUCCACUAUUACACGAACAAAAACUUUGCCUUCAGACAAUUCGACUAGGACAUUUACACAGACUGUAUCGUCGGCUAGCACAUCUGAAGAGCCCGAGUAA